AUGCUCUCCCUUCUGCUUCUCACUCACACUGCGCUCUGCGUGGCACUCGCUCCUCAAGGUCCCUGGGAUGCCUUUAACUUCGCACCGGCCUCGAAAACGGUGAGACCGGUCUCUGUAAGAGCGGUCCACGGUACUGUCCAAGGUGCAGAAGGCCUGGUAACGGGCUCGUCGUCAAAAGCAGUGUUCACAGCGAACAACUCCUAUGUGGUGUUGGACUGGGGCAAAGAGGUCGGGGGCAUCUUGUCCCUCACUAUCGAAUCCGCAUCUCCCUCCUCGCAACUGUCCCUCGCCUUUUCUGAGUCUCCUCAAUUCAUCUCACCACUUCGUUCGGACGACUCCUGCCGGACCGACGCCUCGCAGAGCGUGGACGGCGUGCAAACUUUCCCGGCGCCGCUCGUGCCGGGACUGUUGACGCAAACUGUUGGCAAGCAGCGCGGGGGCUUUCGCUUCCUCACCAUCGUCGCAAACGGGUCCGGGGCGCUGGCAAUCUCUAACGUUUCACUCGCAAUAACGUUUAUGCCACACUGGGACGACUUGCGGGCAUAUUCGGGGUACUUUUUCGCCAAGGACCCUGGAUUCCAUGAUACCGAUUUCCUGACCAAGCUGUGGUAUGCGGGUGCCUAUACGGUCCAGACGAAUACGAUUGACUCACAUCAAGCGCGGCAGAAUUGUGGCCCGGAAGGUGGCUGGAACAACGAUGCCUCAGGUGGCCCGGUCACGGGCCCGAUUUUAGUCGACGGGGCGAAACGAGACAGAAACGUCUGGCCCGGCGACUGCGGGAUCUCGAGCCAUACGGAGCUCGUCGCCCUCAACGACCUGCUACCUACGCGCAACUCCCUCACUGUCAUGUUUUCCACACAGGAUCCGGCCACCGGUGCGCUUCAGUACUCGGGCCCGCCCAUCAACGCGCACGGAAGUGACACGUAUAUCUCGUGGUCGCUCAUCGGGACGCACAGCUACUUCCUGUAUACUGGCGACCUCGACUUCGUUGCCGGUAGCCAUGUUGACGAUACGGGGCUGGCAAAUGUCCCGGCGGCAUUUGCGAACGACUGGGGCAGGGACAACGGUGGCGGGCAUAACUCUGCAGCCAACGCACUCUUAUAUCGGACGCUGGUCGUUGCGGCCGAUCUUGCGGACCAUCUUGGCGAUGCGAUCGGCGGCGAGUAUCGCAAGAACGCGACACGCAUCAAGACGGCGUACAACGCUUUGCUGUGGGACGGGUCUGCAGGGCUUUUCCGUGACAACGAUAGCCCGAAUAGUAUCCAUCCACAAGACGGGAAUUCGCUUGCCGUUGUAUUCAACCUUACCACCUCUGCGGCGCAGAACAAGGCAAUAAGCGGCGGUUUGACGCGCUUUUGGACACCCAUUGGGCCGCUUAGUCCAGAGCUGAACGAUACUAUUAUCCCAUUCGUCGGCGGGUUAGAGCUACAAGCACAUUUCAUCGCGGACGAGGGCGAGCGGGCCAUCAAACUUAUGGAGGCCGAGUGGGGGUAUAUGCUGUACACCAACUUCAGCGUGCAGUCUACCCUUUUGGAGGGCUUUACCAAAAAUGGCUCUCUAGGAUAUCGCGCCGCCGCUGGAUACGACUUCGACUUCUCCUAUACUAGCCACGCACACGGCUGGUCCACUGGCCCUACAUCUGCGCUGACGUUCUACCUUCUUGGGAUCCAGAUCACAUCGCAAAAAGGGCAGACUUGGGCCGUCGCGCCUGUUCUCAGCGGGCUCUCUGCCGCAGAGGGCGGCAUUGAGACCGUGCUGGGUGCAUACCGAGUGAAAUGGACUGUUUCUGGGCGGAACCUGACACUGGUAGUGGGGACGCCGCAGGGCACGGUGGGCAGCGUUACUUUACCGGGUGUAGGACCUGUCAUGGUAGAUGGCGUGGUACAGGCGGCGGGUUCGGUGCAGCUUAUCGGCGGACAGCAUACGCUAUCAAGAAUGCAGUCCUGA